AUGCCAGACCAGAACAGCACCGAAGAUGGGGAGUCAGACCCCGAGCACAGCCUGUUUAUCAUCUUCCUCCUCGUCCUUGUCUUCUUCAUCAUGGGGCUGGUGGGUUUCCUGAUCUGCCAUGUCUUGAAGAAGAAGGGUUACCGGUGCCGGACCUUCCGGGACGAGCUCGACCCAGAUAACAAGGAUGUGCUGGCAGAGCUCCAGGCCAAUGAAGAGGAGGAGCUGAAUGAGGACACUGUGGAGAAGAUUGUGAGGUGCAUCAUCCAAAAUGAAGCAAACGCUGAGGCCCUCAAGGAGAUGCUGGGGGACAACGAAGGAGACAUCCCAGUGCCAGUGCCCAGCCUUUGUCCUCACCGCAGCAGCCAGGAUGGGGGCCCACCACACCACCACACAGUCCACCUGGGCUCCACGCAGGCCCCCUGCAUCCACUGCAGCAAGAGGAGGAGGCCCCCCCUGCAGCGCCAGGGCCGCUCCAAGGAAGGCAAAGGCAGGAUGCAUCCUGGAGAGACCACUGUCUUCUCCGUGGGCAGGUUCCGCGUCACACACAUCGGGAAGAAGCCAACCUUCCACGAGCAGCAGGACGGAGCCCUGCCCGCCGGCAGCCGGCAGCCGAGCACGGAGGAGCUGGAGCGCAGCAGCGAGCGGCUCCAGAGGGAGCGGGCUCCCAACGGGACUGUCCCCACCGGCGGCCUGCACAACGGAACCGUCCUGAAAGGCGCCCAGAGCAGCAAAAGUGGGGAGCAGAGCCGCUCCACCACCCCAAACACACCAGCCAGCUCCGGCACCCGCGACGGCCGGCGGGCGACCAAAGGGGCACCGCAGGAGAGUGGCACCGGCCCCGGCAGCGCCAGCCGCCCGCGCAAGCUCCUGAGCCUUCACCGAGUGCUGGGAGGGUCGAGCCCCAGCAUCCCCGGAGAGCUGGCGCUGGAGGAGACCGGACUGGGCUCGGCAGAUGAGGUGUCGGAUAUUCACGGGAGCCUGAGCCUGCAGGAGCAGCCUGAGGAGCUGGGAAGGGAAGAUGGCAGCAGGAAACAGCCUGGAGGGGAGGAUGGGGGGCAGCAGGAGCCCAGCGCCGCGGUGCAGGACCGAGGAGCGACUGUGUGA